AUGUCUUACCAGCCUCUCUGGCUGCUAACCUGGGACUCUAAGGCCUAUCCCAUCCCCUACUUCUGCAACCUGAUGCGCCAACCCCCGCUAAACCCUGGCCUGAGAGCUGCUUGUUUAGUGUGUGCAGAGGACCAGCCCACGCUGGUGCUAGAUAUUUCAAGAACCAGGAUCCAUUCCCUGCCUAGCUAUGGCUUAGGAAAUCUUAAGAAGCUGCGGGCCAAGUCAACUUACAACUUAAAAAAGCUCCCCAGUCUGGAAGCUUUUGUCACACUCGUGGAGGCCAGCCUCACCUACCCCAGCCACUGCUGCAUCUUUGCCAACUGGAGGCGGCAGAUCUCUGACCUUCAUCCAAUUUGCAACAAAUCUAUUUUAAGGCAAGAAGUUGAUGAUAUGACUCAGGCUAGGGGUCAGAGAGUCUCUUUGGCAGAAGACGAUGAGUCCAGCUAUGCCAAAGGAUUUGACAUGAUGUACAGUGAAUUUGACUAUGACCUAUGCAAUGGAGCGGUUGACGUGACUUGCUCCCCCGAGCCAGAUGCAUUCAAUCCAUGUGAAGAUAUCAUGGGGUAUGAUAUUCUCAGAGUCUUGAUAUGGUUCAUCAGCAUCCUGGCCGUCACUGGGAACAUCCUAGUGCUAAUGAUCCUGAUGACCAGCCAAUACAAACUCACAGUCCCCCGGUUCCUUAUGUGCAAUUUGGCCUUUGCCGACCUCUGCAUUGGAAUCUACCUGCUGCUCAUAGCAUCAGUUGAUAUCCACACCAAAAGCCAGUACCACAACUACGCCAUUGACUGGCAAACUGGAGCAGGCUGUGAUGCUGCCGGCUUUUUCACUGUCUUUGCCAGUGAGCUCUCAGUCUACACUCUGACAGCCAUCACACUGGAAAGAUGGCACACCAUCACCCAUGCCAUGCAGCUAGGACGCAAAGUACAGCUCCGCCAUGCUACCAGCAUCAUGCUGGUGGGCUGGAUCUUUGCUUUUGCAGUCGCCCUCUUUCCCAUCUUUGGCAUCAGCAGCUACAUGAAGGUGAGCGUCUGCCUGCCUAUGGAUGUUGACAGCCCCUGGUCGCAACUGUAUGUUAUGUCCCUCCUUGUGCUCAAUGUCCUGGCCUUUGCGGUCAUCUGUGGCUGCUACACUCACAUCUACCUCACGGUGAGAAACCCCAACAUCACGUCCUCCUCUAGUGACACCAAGAUCGCCAAGCGUAUGGCCAUGCUCAUCUUCACUGACUUCCUCUGCAUGGCGCCCAUCUCCUUCUUUGCCAUCUCUGCCUCCCUCAAGGUGCCCCUCAUCACUGUGUCCAAGUCAAAGAUCCUCCUGGUCCUGUUCUACCCCAUCAACUCCUGUGCCAACCCCUUCCUCUACGCUAUCUUCACCAAGAACUUCCGCAGGGAUUUCUUCAUUCUGCUGAGCAAGUUUGGCUGCUAUGAAAUGCAAGCCCAGACCUACAGGACAGAAACCUCAUCCACUGCUCACAACUUUCAUCCAAGGAAUGGCCACUGCCCUCCAGCUCCCAGGGUUACCGAUGGUUCCAAUUACACUCUUAUCCCCCUAAGCCAUUUAGCCCAGAACUAA